AGGUAUGACCAAGUCGAACAACCCUCACAGUUGUACAGCUUAAUCUCAGUUCACAAUGUUUGCUCGUAUCUCGACUUUUACUCUCCUGGCUUUGCCUAUCCUUGCGACCGCCACCGUCCUUCCCCGUUCCGACGGAGCGGCGUGCAGUGCCACUGGUACCGCGCAGUGCUGCGCUUCUACUCAGAGCCCCACCUCUUCCAUCGUUCAGAACCUUUUGGGUUCCCUCGGAAUCCCUAUCGGCAGCGUCACCGCUAAUGUUGGUCUUACCUGCAGCCCUAUUACCGUCCUUGGGCUCGGUAGCACCCAGUGCUCCAACCAAGUUGUCUGCUGUGACAACAACAACUUCAACGGUGUUAUUGCUCUGGGCUGCACCCCUAUCAACAUUGGCCUCUAAGGGAAUGUUUCACAAGUGCUCGGAAAUGGCAACGUAUCAGCGACAUUGUAUUCAUCAGUUGUACAAGUAGACAGAUCGAGAAAUCAAUAGUGCUGAACAAGGAACGAAUAUGUCAC